AGAGUUUCCAGGACAAAGUUUGUACAUUUCGGAAUAUUCGUAUCCGUCUGUUGGAACCGCGCACACUUGUGCGCAAUGAACGUAUCGACCGCGAGCACAAUGCGUGAUCGGAUCCAUUGUCAGUCGCCGCGAUCAAUCGACACGCGUAGGAGUUCAGCCGGCGGGAAAGCAACAGAUGAAAAGCGUGCCAACAUGUGCGGUUCGCUCGUUCCCUGAAAGCUAAAGAGUAAGAGAAAUGUCAUACUCAUAAGAAGAAAGACAAACAGUUAUCCCUUCCACGUUGAAAUAUCGGCCAAUCCUGAUAGAUCCGCCUUCAACGUCCUUUGUCGAGGACAACAGAGUACCUGUGUUCUUUGUGAUAGUGGGAUCAGUCAGAUGAUUUGUUGAUUGGAAACGUGUCGCGAUGGAUAACAGCAAAUCGAAGGAGAGUCGUAGGAGAGGUCGGAGAAGAAAUAGCAAGAAGGAAGAAAAUCGUGAGUUUGAUCAGACAAGUGACGAGUUUUUAUUGUGGUCAGAUUAUUCUACCAUCGAAAAUGAAGAUACUGUGGGCACUGAUACUGUGGAAAAAGGAUCGUCUCCUUUGGGAAACGUUAAUAAGGGUGAUGAAAACAAACCAACAUUCUCACUGAUGUCUCCUGCUUUACGUCGUCAAUUACAAACACACAAAAAUAUUCUUCGGCUUCUACAUGAGAAUAACCUUCUCUCUACUCAAAUUAAUGGCCAAAGAAUUCUCAGCAUUCAACCAAUCCGAUGGAGUGGUCCAACACCAGGAAUUGAUUGCGAGAUCUUUGUUGGUCGGAUUCCUAAGACAAUUUUUGAAGAUACCUUAUAUCCAUUGUUCAAAAUAGUAGGCGAGAUCUUCCAAAUCCGGUUAAUGGUGGACAUGGCUGAAUUAACAAGAGGAUAUUGUUUCAUUAUGUAUACAAAUCCAGAGAAUGCAGCAAAGGCCAUUGCACAGUUAGAUCAAUAUGAAAUUUUGCCAGGCAAAAAAAUACGUGUUUUAGCGAGUGUGAAUAAUUGCAAACUCUAUGUUGGUCCUCUGCCAUGGCAUAUUACAUCAGAGGAGGUUGUUAGGGUGAUCUAUGCAUCAGCAUGGGAUAUUGAGUUUGUAUCAAUUUAUCGAUUCCUCAAUCAUAAUGCAGCAUAUGCUAUAGUAUCAUUUAAGUCUCAUCGUAAUGCGGCUUUAGCAAGACGUAAAUUAAGACCAGAAAGACUUUUUAAAUGCAAUGAAGUGCAUGUAGAAUGGGCACAUGUUGAUUGGGAUCCUUCUAAUGUGUACGAAGACCGUGGCACAGUAGACUGUAAAGGCGAUGUGCAGAUUACUCGAAAGCAUCUGCAAUACAAUAAGAAGUCUACGCAUUUAUCAACUUCAAAGUCAAUUUCACCGAUCUGUCCACCCGAUGACAUGGAAAUCAAUCGCUCUAAGAAUACCCACGGUUCCAAUAACACGCGUUACUCCAAUAUGUUAACCAUGUCAGCUGCACUGAACGACUCUCUACUUGAGUCAUGUAAUAAAACAGCGGAUGUAACAGAGGAUGUAAAUACACAUGCCAACGAGGCGCAACUAGAUGGACAUUGCGAUGUUGCAAAGAAUAAGAUAUCCCUGAAGGAUUCUAACAAGGAUAACUUUCGCAACUUUGAUAUGUGGAACUCUAGCUUGGUCUCUCAGUUACCCCGCUCGCCUGUGAGAUCUACCAGCCCGAAGAAGCAUGGAUUGUCCACGAAAAUGUUAGAUAUACCAAGAUGUAGUUGGGAGAACAACAUAGAACAUACGUCGUUAAAUAUAUAUAACCCCAAGACAUAUCAGUGUACGAACAAUACUAAUGUCUUAAAUUAUCACGACAAGUAUCACUAUCAUUUGGCCAACGAAAGAGCUGAUCCUGGUUACCCGAUUGUCACUGACGUUGUUCCGCAUCAGGUUCCGUUGUACCAGAAUUGUUCUGUACCUGAAACGUCAUAUUUCAUGCCGCAAUCGCCUGCGUCACCCGCGGCUCAGCAUCCACAAGAUGCAUCCUAUGAGCAGUAUUUAAUAUUCAACUAUUUCCGCAACAUUCCUCAGAUGAGUACGUCUGUGCCAAGUUAUCAACAUAAUUAUUCGCAAACAGACGGUGAAUCGCUCGCGAUAGAUCGAGUUUUUAUCUCAGGUAGAAAGAAGAACGAUCGCAAAAUGCGGCCUGCGAAGACUCCAAUAAAGACGGAGAAUAACGCCGCGGUCUCGUUCUCGUACACUGGUAAUGCUCAGUCGGCGAAAAUUCAGAAUAUGCCGAAAUUUGCGCAAAGACACGCGCGAAGAGUCUUACUGGAGAACACAUCUAGCAAUGUAUUAUCUAAUGAUGCUAAUGACGGAAGACAUCCAAGACCGAUCUUGAAACAAACACCCGAUCGCGUUUUGCCAUGAUGAUUGGGAUCUUUUUUUCUUUUUGACACUUUACGGGUAUUUUAGAAAAUGGCUGCGUUUGAAUACCAAAGAGACGGUUUUUAUGUUUAUUUUACGUACUACAAUACAGCAAUCAUUAGAAUAUUACUUUCCUUUUUUUACGUUAAAACGAUCUCCAAAAGUUGUUGUAGCAGUUGUAAGUAGAAUAAGAUUUUUUUUUUUUUUUAAUGCAUGUCCCGUUAAACUCGUUACAGUUUCUUUAAUCUAUAAUUCGUUUUAUAUUUUACGACAUUUUAACAGUAACAAUAUAGCUAUUAUAUGUUAUUAUCUUCGAAGCUACGUAUCAUCGUAGGCAUCUGUAGACAUAUGUCUCUUUUUCGUUUUUUUUUGCGCAAUCGCGGUUCGUUUACGAAAAGGCGUUUACGAAAUUGCAGAUUUACAUCGGAUUAAGUUUCAUCGAAUCCAAUAUAUAUCUGUUUUUUGUUUGGUAUUAUAUACUAUAUAUAUUGGUAUCUGUUAUAUUUAAAAGCGAGAUGUAUCAUCUACGGGCUAUCGAUAUAACUUUUAAAAAUAUUAGAUUUUUUAUCGUUAUGUUUUUAUCAUUAAUACAUGUUAUGUUUUUACCAUCAGUACAUGUUUUGAGCAACAGGAAAGUUUCAAAAAACACAUCAUCAGUAAUUACGUAAGAUCAUAUUUAUCAUGCUAUAUCUCACGAGUACAAGACUGAACUGGAGAAUCGUAUAAAUGACAUUAAGUAGUAUUGCAGCGAUAAGCGGAUUACGAAUAAUACAUAAGAACAAUCGUGUUUUGAAGAAUAUUACCAAAGUAUGGAAUCAUGUUCUCUUCUAGCAACAUUGUUACACAGUUACGAUCCAUAAUCAACAACACACAAUCAGUGCUGCUAUUCUUCUAUAUAUUUUCGCGCGCAUACUACGAAAAGACAAACUGUAUUCCUCAUCUCUGUUUGUAACGAAAAUUAUUGUAGGAAUAAAUUUUUAAGAAAUCGA